AUGUUACAACAAGACCCGCUGCAAUCUAAAAAGAAUCCACAAGCAUCAGUUCCGAGCAGUGUUGUGGCUACUCUUGAAUCUUUGGUAACAACAACCAACAGCAAAGAUUCGAAUGAAAAAACUAAUUUAUCUCCCAAUGCUUCACAAAAGAGAAAAAAGAUUGAAGAUCUUGAUCAAGAUGCUCUCAUCUCCGAAGCUAAAUCACAAGGACUCAUUUCUCUCUCCGAAUAUAAUACCAUCAUUAAGAAAAGAAAAGCAUCAGCACAUUCUUCUGGUGAAAAUGCUUCAAAACAUGAAGUAUUGGAUGAGGGAGACUUGAAUCGAGAGGUUGAGCAAUUACUCUCUCUUGAAUUAUUCGAAAAAGAAUUUUGUGUUUGUUCUCUCUCGAAACGAGUGUUGAAACAUCCUGUUUUAGCAGAAAAUGGAGUUAUAUACGAUAAACAAUUUCUAGACUCGAGAUUCAAUCAAACGAAUGGACUUGUUUGUCCAAUCAAGCAAAAAGGAGAUGUAACUUUUCAACCCUUUAAAUAUCCAAGCAAUUUGAUUGAGGUUGGAUACAUUAAACAACGAUGUGAAAAAUUAAUAGAGGAACGUAUUGAUAAGAUUAUUCAUCUCGUGUUGUCAGAACAAGGAAAAAAGCUACCUCCUGCAGACCGCAUGAAAUUAGUGACCUUUGCAUUAGAUUUAACUCCAAACAUUGAAAGAGCGCUAGAACUGAAAUCUCUUAUCAUUGAUAUUAUUGAGAAGGAUGAAAAAAGUUAUCUGUUAAAGGAUGAAGAUACAGAAGCAUUUAUUGGAAUGCUCAUUGACAUUUGCAGCAUAAUUUCAAAAAAGCCAUCUUUGUCAGAAGAGGAUAGAAACAAGUCGAUCAAGUAUUACAAGAAAAUUAUUGAUCGGUCUAAGAAUGGAACCUUGAUUCAGAAGGUGUACAUGUCAAUAUUCAACACUUGUCAAGAGUCUUUAGAUCAAUUAUACGAUAGAACUUUACCAUAUGGGGAGAAUUUUUUUGAACAAAUCGCAUCCUUUCUGUUAGAACGAAAAAUCCUCUCGUUUGAGACUUUGGCAAAAUUUAAAAACUCCAAACUCAAAGAGAAUUAUCAAACAAUAUUAUGCGACCAAUUGGUGGACAGAAUUCAAAUUUUAAAGUCCAAUCUUAAAUUCAAGACAUCACCACCUCCAACACAACAACAUUCUGCAGAUUUGACAAAGAAAUAA